AUGGAGUCUGGUGAUCAGCAAACUCCAGAAAAUUCAGGUGAUCAGCAAGUUACGAGCCAGGUAGCUGCAGCAAAGUCCUACGAGUGUACUUUUUGCAAAAGAGGGUUUUCUAACGCACAAGCUCUAGGAGGGCAUAUGAACAUUCACAGAAAAGAUAAAGCAAAGCUCAAGCAAGUCUCCUCAUCAGCAAACAUUGUUGAAACCAAACAACAACAACAAAGAUUGCCUGUAGAGAUCCCGAAGAUGCCGCAGUCUUACUCUCCCAUACUUCUCAAGGUUAAUCCCAGCAUCACUUCUUCGGAAGCCGUUGCCGAUCAUAUCGAAAGAAGUGCUACAACAAUAAGGGAAUCUUCAUGGCCGGCUGAUUGGUUUCUCAAUGAUAAAGAAGGUGAAAAUAAAUUACGCCAUCAACUUCCACUGUUUUCUCAAGCACCAUCGGAUCAAGAUCAUCACAGUCAAGGUGGACAACAACAACAACUAGAAGAUCAUGGGAAUCAAAGUGAUAAGGGUUCAGAUUUAGAUCUUGAGCUCAGACUAGGGCCUGAGCCUCAAGAUUCUUCAUCAACGCCCGGAAAAGCUACUACGAGAAAGUUCUUUUGA